AAAAAUUAAUAAUAAAUACAACCAAUACGCCGUCGUGUCAGCUGUCUCCGACUCCAAGACUGUUGAGUUCCCUGCAUUUCACUGCUAGCAAUUGACUUGUCAAAAACCCUUCAAAAAACCCUAAACAACCUUAAAAGCCCUUUCUACAGUUUCUUCCAAAAUCGAACCCAUCAAUCGAAAUGGCAGGAGGCCGAUUCAGAGAACUCUUAAAGAAGUACGGAAAAGUAGCUUUAGGCGUCCACUUCUCUGUCUCUGGCGCCUCAAUCACCGGCCUUUACAUUGCCAUCAAGAACAACGUCGACGUCGAAUCGCUUUUGGAUAAGUGGCAUCUUCCUGGAAUCUCAUCCUCCAAAGAUGAAAACCCACAACCCCAAGACCCGGAAUUUAAAUCCCAUGAUUUUGAAGAGAGGGAUGAAUCCAAAUCAAUGCCGGAGGAGAAGAAGAGAAAUCGCACGGCUGAGCUUGCUGCAUCCACUGGUGGUGCCCUUGCUCUUGCUGUGCUGUGUAACAAGGCGCUUUUUCCGAUUCGGGUGCCCAUAACAAUUGCGCUUACGCCUCCAGUGGCUAGGUUCUUGGCUAGGAGGAAGAUUAUCAAGAACAGUGUAUGAUUUUUGCUGUUAUUAUUAUUUAAAUUUUUAGUUCUUCUUUUAAAGACAUCCUAUUUGAGCAUCUCUGUUUUUCUUGCUGGUUGCCUUGAUGGUGUCGAAUGAAACAGAGAGGGAGACAGGAAAUUGGAAUCACAUAUGGUUUAUCAUCUCUAGUGAUAGUAAUAAAUACUUUAAUUUUUUGUUUUUUUGUCAUGAUAGGACACAGAUUCAAUAAUAUGGAUUCUUUUUUCCCUAUGCA